CGCGGCAGACACCCAUAGGCCGCCAGGGCCAUGGCACACGGUCUAUCCCUGUCCUUCUUCUCCGCUUCACCAGGGCCACCUCCGAUCCCGUGCGGUACAUCGGCCUCGUAUGUAGUCUAUGUGCCAGCGUACCGCCCGCGGGGAUGUUAUCCAUCUGGUAUCGAUGAGUUAUAGCAUCCUGCGAUCCGGGAGCGCCUCGUAUGGGGCCGUAUUCUGGUAUUUGACGUGCCCGCGGUCGAGGCGAGACUGGUACUCCUCGAGGGCCCGAGAUGCGGGCGACGUCGCAUUUAGUACGGCACGUCCUGUUUGCAUUAGGGGCCGUCGUUUCUCGUCCUUUGGCUUGCUAUGUCAGCCCAAUGGCGCUGGUGAGGUAGAACCCGUGUCCCCUCAUCCACAGGCUGUUGUUGCCACUUCUUGGUAUAUGCGGACAAAGCAUUGCUUUUACCACCUCACGUACGACAUGUCCUCUCCCCCGCUGAGGAGCCUUUCCUCGGUCGCGUCUCUGAGCGCGCACUGGUUACGUCUGGCGGCUGCUGUCGUACACACGACGUCCAGGGUUCCGAUUCCGCUUCCCUUCGUUCCCCGGCAGAUCCUCCUCCAUUUAACCACACCUCCAUGGAAAUCGGCUAUUCAUUGCUGCUCAUUACCCAAGGCUUUGACGCAAUAUAACGGAACGGUGACUAAGGCCGUCUACUCCAUUCGCAGCGCCUGCAUCCACAAUAUGCAAAGCACAUACACCUUCGAGCCUCAAGGCUUCAAACCUCGACCGAGCGCGUUGUAGAAGCGCCUCUGAGCGUCGACGAAUUUCAAUGAUGCAGUGAAUAUCCCCAUCCAACACGGUGUCGCCCGCUCCUCGCUGUCUUCGAACAGUAUAGCGCGUCUUCCAAACGUCUAGCCUACCGCGCCCUGGGUCAACGCGUUAGUGCACCCGGCCUCCGUGUACACAGAAUCAUAUCGAGUUUGGAAGAUGCUCGACGCAGCGCUGGGUGUGCCUUCUAUUUUAUCACACAGGCCGCUCAGCUGUC